CCCUAUGCCUUUCCAACAGAACAGCGCAUUAGCAGAACAUAAAGCAAUUGGGUCAUAACAUCUGAACAACACUUCACGCAUUACAUUCCCUUCACUUCCAACCUUCUCGUUUCGAUGGCGGCGACGGGGUUGCUGAAGAGAGCGGCGCAGCGGGUGCCGUCUUCGCCGGCGUUCAAGCUGGCAUUCAUCCGGGCCCAUGCGUCGGAGGCCCAGGCCCAGCAGGUGGAGCCGAAGGCCCGCGACACGACCUCCCUGAAGACCUUCCAAAUCUACCGGUGGAACCCUGAGAACCCGUCGAAACCGGAGCUGAAGGACUACCAGAUCAACCUGAAGGAGUGCGGGCCCAUGGUCCUGGACGCGCUCAUCAAGAUAAAAAACGAGAUCGAUCCCACCCUCACCUUCCGCCGCUCCUGCCGCGAGGGGAUCUGCGGCUCCUGCGCCAUGAACAUUGACGGCUGCAACGGCCUCGCUUGUCUCACCAAGAUUCCGUCCGCAUCGACGGCCUCCACCAUAACGCCGUUGCCGCACAUGUUCGUGAUCAAGGACCUGGUCGUGGACAUGACCAACUUCUACAACCAGUACAAGAGCAUCGAGCCCUGGCUCAAGCGGAAGAAUCCGCCGCCGGUGCCAGGGAAGGAGAUCCUGCAGAGCAAGAGGGACCGCGAAAAGCUCGACGGGAUGUACGAGUGCAUUCUGUGCGCCUGCUGUAGCACAUCCUGCCCUAGCUACUGGUGGAACCCCGAGUCAUAUCUCGGACCCGCUGCCUUGCUCCACGCUAACAGGUGGAUAAGCGACAGUCGUGAUGAAUACACUAAAGAGAGAUUGGAUGCCAUUAAUGACGAAUUCAAGCUCUAUCGUUGUCACACCAUAUUGAACUGUGCUCGUGCCUGCCCAAAGGGGUUGAAUCCAGGAAAGCAAAUCUCACAUAUCAAGUCACUUCAGCCUAAAACCUAAAACUCUAUUAGAAGCAUGAUGGUGUUUGCAUUUGAUCCUUUAUGUUGUCAUUUAGUAUUUUCUUUAAAAUUGGGGAUGAUUUAGCUACAUUAUUAAUAAAACUUGAGCCCCUUUUGUGAAACUUGGGAUUUUAGUUUCUAUUGAUUUGUGUUUCUGAAAUAAAUGUUAAUAGCAAACAGAACCCUCUCUCAUAAAUUGGCUGUAGCUAUAUUGGAUUAUUCUGCAAGGGAUUUUAAACUAACAGAUACUUUACACUUUG